UGCUACGAGAUGGAACGAUACCUGAAGGAUGAGCCGAAGCUGCAGACGACCUUUAAGAAGCUGCCAGCCGACCUGGACACACCAUGGGACCUGUUUGCCACGCCCGGGCCAAUUUCGGGCUGGAAGGUAGAAGUAGACUCGUACUGCUUAGAGGAGCUGAACCUGCACGACCGGCACUCGAGUUCCUCGUCCUCGUCCUCCUCAUCCUCCUCCUCCUCCUCGUCGCCGUGCUCCACCUCGUGGGACAGCAGUCCCGCGUUGAGUUGUGCGGUCGUGGUGAAAAAGGAACGCCUCGACCCGGAGGACGAAGAAGACGACGGGAACAACUCGGACAGCUGCUGCGACGAGCCCGAGCCGGAACAGUUUAGCAAAAUCUCCAUGCACCACCUGCACCACCAUCACCACCACCACCCGAACGCCAUCGAGCUGAGGUUAGUGGCGCGAGCGACGACCUCGGACCUGUUACCAACGCUGACGCCUCCCUCCUCGCCCGAGUCACACCUCAGCAAAGGCAGCGGCAGCCCAACGUCCAACCCCCUCACGACGACGACGACCCUGGCGGCCACGAUCAAGACUGAGCCGGAAAUUGCGUUGCUGGAACACCAGGGCGGCGGCAUCCUGCGAGUAUCGACGGCCUCCGGACACAUACCACGGAACGCGAUCGUCCGGUUGACAACGACCUCCAGCAGUAAAGGUGGCCACCUGGGCGUGACGCGAGUGAUACAAGUUAGUCCCCAGCUGCAGGCCGCGAUCGCCCAGCGAAGUGCGUCGUCCUCACCGAGCGCGGCGAUAACAGUGAAACACCACCAGCGGCAGCACGACCACAGUCCCGACUCCAAGCGGCGGAUACACAAGUGUCAAUUCCUCGGCUGCAAGAAGGUCUACACGAAGAGUUCGCACCUGAAGGCGCACCAGCGAACGCAUACAGGCGAAAAACCGUACAAGUGCUCGUGGGAGGGCUGCGAGUGGCGCUUCGCGCGCAGCGACGAACUCACGCGCCACUACCGGAAGCACACGGGCGCGAAACCGUUCAAGUGCCGACACUGCGACCGGUGCUUUUCCCGGUCGGACCACCUGGCCCUGCACAUGAAACGCCACGCAUAAGGAGGAGGAGAGGACUCAUCACGUAGGAGGAGGAGGAGUAGCAGUUUGGAUGCUCCAGACUUUAAAUGAGCUUGUACCAUCCCAAAUGUCACAAAGGAAGUGACGUACACUCACACACAGCAACAAAAAAAAAAACACAAACACAUACACAUUCAAUGAAGGCACAACUUUUAAGCAAAUUCCCGGAAGGGGAAGUGUCUCUGUGCGGUGCAAUUGUCGUCAUCAUGUUAUAAUUAGUUUUGGAAAAAGGAAAAGAAAAACAUUUGGUAAAUGCACGAGCUCUGGUCAGAAGUUUAGGAUAAAACCACCCUCGCCAUAAUCACUGUCAUCGCCAUCGUCAUCAACAUAAUCGUCAUUGGAAUGUUUCCGCUCAUGCUCGCUAUCGUCCCCCCUCCCUCUUCCUCUAAUAAACACAUCAUUAUCUAGACAAAUAAAAAUCAAAAAAGUUUUCUCAUUAGACUAUUGUAAACACACUCACACAAACUCACA